AUGUUCAGGAGCCUGAUAAUUAAAAGAUUGGCUUCCACAGGUGCCCACCAGAAUAGCGGUCAAGUAACAAUACCAAGAAGACCACUGAAAAAGAUCCGUCUAGGAAAAGCAAGGCCUGCCAUAUAUCAUGAAUUUACUGUGCAAGUAGAACUAAGCGACGGCAGCGUAAUAACAAGAAGAUCACAAUUUCCAAAGGCGCAGCUCAGACUUAUCCAGGACCAGAGAAACAACCCGCUUUGGAACCCCAGCAGAGAUGAUCUGGUGGUUGUGGACGCCAACGCCAGUGGCAGAGUGGACAAGUUCGAGCAGAGAUACGGGUCUAUGUUUUCUAUGAAGAGCGAGAAACCGAAUGCGGAAGUUAAGGCAAAAGAGCAAGCCGGAGAGGGCCAAAAGGCCGAUGUUGGUUAUGAGGACCCCUUUGAAAUUGACGACUAUCUGUCGCUGCUGAAUGAGGACUCGAGCCAGAUAAAAACUGGUAAACUAGCCACCAAAAAGAAGUCCAAGAAAUAG